AUGGGGCAGACUGUGACAACGCCAUUAUCUUUGACUGUGGACCAUUGGAAGGACGUUAGGGAAAGAGGACAGAACCUGUCGGUAAUAGUGAAGAAAGGACCUUGGCAGACCUUUUGUACCUCCGAAUGGCCCACCUAUGGAUUAGGAUGGCCACUGGAAGGAACUUUUGAUUUGCCUACUAUCAGAGCCGUGAAGGCUGUUAUCUUUCAGGAGGGACCAGGAUCACAUCUGCACCAGCAGCCGUACAUUACGGUUUGGGAGGACUUAGCAUGGUCCCCUCCCCAAUGGAUCCCCCCUUACUUCUUGCCUCCUCAUCCAGGCUCGAAGGUUUUGACCCUGCCGGAGAAAGAACGAACGCCUGACACUUUGCCGCCUCUCCCGCCUCUCCCUCCACCCCCAAAGAUAUACCCACCCAUAGAGGAGCCCCCAGAAUGGCCCCUACCUCCCUACCCUCCUAUAAUAGAGUUAGGACCAGAACCACAACCCCCGGCUCCUCCAGCCCCCUCCACACCUCCAGCUCAGAUAGAAGGAGGGGAUGCUGGGCUGUCGACGAGAACUAGGAGCCGAUGGAGAGUUCCUUCCCCGGAGUCAGCCCACUCCACAGUAGCAUUACCCCUGAGAGCCAUGGGACCACCUCCAGAGGACCAGCAGGGCUUACCACCUCUGCAGUAUUGGCCUUUCACUUCUUCUGAUCUUUACAAUUGGAAAACUAGCCAUUCUCCUUUUUCUGAGAACCCUGCUGCCCUUACAGGCCUGGUAGAAUCUGUCAUGUACUCUCAUCAGCCCAUUUGGGAUGAUUGUCAACAGCUUUUACAGAUCCUGUUCACUACAGAGGAGAAAGAGAGAAUCAUCCAAGAAGCCCGGAAAAAUGUCCGGGAUGCCGAGGGACACCCAGUCCAAACUCCUGCUGAGAUGGAGGAAGGGGUUCCUCUGAUUCGUCCUCAAUGGGACUAUAAUACAGCACAAGGUAGGGAGAGACUGUCCAAUUAUCGACGGGCUCUAGUGGCUGGUCUCUGAGGGGCCGCAAGAAGGCCCACUAAUCUGGCCAAGGUAAGAGAGGUUAUGCAGGGGCCGACAGAGCCGCCAUCAGUGUUUCUUGAAAGGCUUAUGGAGGCAUACAGGAGAUACACUCCUUUUGAUCCUACGACAGAAGGACAGCAAGGAUCUGUGAUGAUGAGCUUUAUUUUCCAGUCAGCUCCUGAUAUCAGGAGAAAGUUGCAGAGAAUAGAGGGGCUACGAGACUUUACUCUACGGGAUGUGGUUAAGGAAGCUGAGAAAGUGUAUCAUAAGAGAGAGACAGAGGAUGAGAAACAGGAGAGGGAGAGGAAAGAAAGGAGGGAGGAGGAGAAUAGGAGGGAUAAAAGGCAAGAAGAAAGUUUGACUAGAAUUCUGGCCACAGUGGUUGAUAGGGAUAGAGAAAGGCCAGAUAGAACUAGGCAGAUAGGGGACCUGGGUGGCGAGAGAAGGCAGGAGUCAAGGAGACCUGGAAGAGAAAGGUGGCGGCCACCCCUUGGACAAGAUCAAUGCUCAUAUUGCAAAGCGAGGGACAACUGGGCUAGAGACUGCCCAAAGAAAAGACAGAAAGCCAAGGUACUUGCCUUCGAGAACGAUGAUUAGGGAGAACGGGGCUCGGCUCCCCUCCCCGAGCCUAGGGUAAACUUGAAGGUGGAGGGGGCUCGCUUCUUGGUGGAUACCGGAGCUGAGUUCUCAGUACUUAAGACACCCUUGGGAAAAGUAAAGGAUAAGAAGUCCCUUGUAAUUGGAGCUACAGGGCAGAAAAUGUACCCAUGGACUACUUCCAGAACCGUGAACCUAGGAAAAAACCAAGUGACUCACUCGUUUCUGGUUAUCCCAGAAUGUCCCACACCCUUACUGGGGAGAGACUUGCUGACAAAGUUAAAAGCACAAAUUACAUUCGCUCCCUCGGGACCAGAGUUGUCUUGGGGAAAUGAACUGCCCCGGACCCUUGCCCUCUCCCUCCAACUAGGGGAGGAGUACCAGCUAUACCAAGACAAACCCAAGAUGCCUGCUGAGGGAUUACAGAGUUUGCUUGAACAAUUCCCACAAACCUGGGCUGAAACAGGGGGAAUGGGAAUGGCCAAACGGGUUCCCCCAGUAGUAGUUGAGCUCAAGUCUGGAGCCACCCCCAUAGGAAUCCGGCAGUAUCCCAUGAGCAGAGAAGCCCAAGAAGGUAUACGCCCACACACUGUCCGGCUGCUACAACAAGGGAUCUUGGUUCCCUGUCAAUCUCCAUGGAAUACCCCUUUACUCCCUGUGAAAAAUCCAGGAACAAACGACUAUCAGCUGGUGCAGGAUCUCAGAGAGGUCAAUAAAAGAGUACAAGAUAUACAUCCUACGGUGCCAAACCCUUAUAACUUACUUAGCACCCUGCCACCUGAACAAGCCUGGUACACAGUCUUGGACCUCAAGGAUGCUUUCUUUUGUUUGAGGCUACACCCUGAUAGCCAGCCCCUGUUCGUCUUCGAGUGGUGGGACCCAGAGAAUGGGAGAACAGGGCAGCUUACAUGGACCAGGCUGCCUCAGGGAUUCAAGAACUCCCCCACCUUGUUUGAUGAGGCCUUGCACUGAGACCUGGCCACCUUCCGAGCUGUUAAACCCCAGGUAACUCUCCUUCAAUACGCAUGCGCCACCACUGCCCGACUUGUAGAUGAUCUUUUAUUGGCUGCAAGGACACAUGAGGAGUGUGAACUUGGGACACGGAAGCUCCUGGCUGAGUUAGGUGAGUUGGGGUACCGGGUGUCAGCUAAAAAGGCCCAACUGUGCCAGACUGAGGUGACCUAUUUGGGGUACGCCCUGAAAGAUGGACAGCGAUGGCUUACUGAAGCUUGGAAACAGACAGUGAUGCAGAUCCCAACCCCAACUACCCCUCGCCAGGUAAGAGAGUUCCUGGGAACAGCCGGGUUUUGCAGACUUUGGAUUCCAGCAUUUGCCACUCUGGCUUCCCCAUUAUAUCCCCUGACAAAAGAAAAAGGGGAAUUUACUUGGACCAAAGAGCAUCAGUCGGCCUUUGAGGCCCUCAAGAAGGCAUUGUUACAGGCACCCACUCUGGCUAUACCAGACUUGAGUAAGCCUUUCAUUCUAUACAUAGACGAGAGAAAAGGGGUAGCUAGAGGGGUCCUCACUCAAACUCUGGGACCAUGGAAGCAACCAGUGGCUUAUUUAUCAAAGAAACUGGACCCAGUCGCCAGUGGCUGGCCUUCUUGCCUUCGUGCGAUAGCGGCUACAGCGUUAUUAGUCAAGGACGCUGACAAACUUACCAUGGGCCAAAAUGUGACUGUGAUAGCCCCCCAUGCCCUUGAGAGCAUCAUUCGACAACCCCCAGAUCGCUGGAUGACCAAUGCCCGAAUGACACAUUAUCAAAGCUUGUUGCUAACUGAACGAGUGACUUUUGCACCCCCUGCCAUUCUUAACCCGGCCACUCUGCUCCCUGAAUCUGAUGAGACUCCUAUACACAAGUGUGAGGAGAUAUUAGCAGAAGAAACGGGAACUCGUCCUGACCUGAUAGCGUGGCCCGGGGCGAUGAACUGGUUUACAGAUGGGAGCAGCUUCAUGGUUGAAGGUAAGCAAAUGGCUGGGGCUGCAGUGGUAGACGGGAAAGCUGUCAUAUGGGCCAGCAGCCUGCCAGAGGGAACAUCAGCUCAGAAGGCAGAGCUUAUCGUGCUAGCCCAAGCUUUGAGACUGGCAAAAAGAAAAGCUGUGAACAUCUACACAGAUAGCCGAUACGCGUUUGCGACGGCUCACAUUCAUGGGGCAAUCUACAAACAGCGUGGGUUGCUGACCUCUGGAGGCAGAGAUGUUAAAAAUAAAGAAGAGAUUCUCGGCCUGCUGGAAGCUGUUCACAUGCCCAGUAAGGUAGCUAUUAUUCAUUGUCCGGGGCAUCAAAAAGGGGAAGGACUAAUAGAAAAGGGAAACCGGAUGGCCGAUCAUACAGCCAAGAAGGCAGCUCAAGGACCCAUGAUCCUUACGGUAGCUGGAAAAGAAAUAGAAGGGAUAGGAGCACGACCGGGCGAAGUUCCCCUAUUUCCUGAUGAAGGGGUUGCAUACCUAACUGAUAUCCAUACUCUUACCCAUUUGGGACCCAAGAAGAUGAUUGAAUUGGUGAAGAAAUCUCCUUAUAAGGUAUACAAGGCAAGAGAACUGGCAGAGAAAGUGGUAGAGAACUGUAAGGCUUGUGCCUUGACCAAUGCUGGAAACAAUAAGCUUCAAGAAGGAAAACGCCUACGAGGAGACAGACCAGGAACCUACUGGGAAACAGACUUUACUGAGGUAAAACCCGCCCGAUAUGGAAAUAAAUAUCUUUUAGUGUUUGUAGACACCUUUUCAGGAUGGGUUGAAGCUUUCCCCACUAAGAAGGAGACUGCCAAUGUAGUGGCCAAGAAGAUACGAGAAGAGAUUUUUCCACAGUUUGGACUGCCUAAGGUAAUUGGGUCAGACAACGGACCUGCCUUCGCCGCCCAGGUAAGUCAGGGAAUGGCCAAAAUACUGGGGGCAGAUUGGAAGCUACAUUGUGCAUAUAGAUCCCAGAGCUCAGGAUGGGUAGAAAGAAAGAAUAGAACGAUAAAAGAGACCUUGACUAAAUUGUCCUUAGAGACCGGAGAAAAUGAUUGGACAGUCCUCCUUCCUUAUGCACUAUUCCGAGUUCGGAAUACAUCCAGUAUCACUGGAUUAACGCCCUUUGAGCUAAUGUAUGGAGUACCUCCACCCAUAUAUAUUACCCUAGAGCUAGGUGCUUGUCCUGAUGAUUCCUUUGUUCCCCCAUCCAACCUUUUAGCCUGACUAAAGGCACUUGAGACAGUAAGGAAAGAAGCCUGGGAGCAGCUAAAAGACAUCUAUGCUGCGAGAGACCUGAGAGUGCCCCACCAGUUCGAAGUGGGAGAUACUGUCCUUGUGCGGAGACACCGAGCUGGGAACCUUGAACCUCGGUGGAAAGGACCAUACCUGGUGCUGCUGACCACCCCCACUGCAGUCAAGGUAGACGGAAUACCGGCUUGGAUCCACGCCUCCCAUGUCAAGAAAGCACCUCCUAAGCUAAGUCAAGAUGACGAUGAAUGGACUGUGGAAAAGACUGAUAAUCCUCUUAAGCUGCGCAUAUUUCGCAAAGCCUACUCUAAGCAAACCCCCUAA